AGAUAACUUUCCUAGUAAAAAAAAAUAAUCAUAUCGCUACGUCAGGAGAAAAGUUAAUUUUAUUGAGACAGUGAUUUAAAUAUACAAUAAAUUUUCAACAAUUGGUGUAAACUAUGAAAAGUGUAAAUAUAAUAUUCAACUUGAUAUAUCUUUAAAUUGAAAAUAUGAGCGAGAACCCAUAAUAUUAAUGUGCAAGUGUGCAGGAAAAUUGUAGGAGAUAUUAAAGUUUCCAUACUGCUGUGUUCAGAACUAAAACAGAUUAUGAAGAAAUAAAAAGUGAAAGUAAAAAGAAUUAAACAAAAUUGUUAGAUAAACGAAGUGAAUUGAAGUAAAAAUAUUUUUUGAAAGUGAGACGUGGUUGUGAAACUAAUAGUAAAUGUUCUAGGUUACCUGCUAACAAACACCUGGCACAUAUUGAUUCAAAAACAUCAUAAGUAGCUUGUUUAAAACACCUUUACAGUUACUGAUAAGUAGUAUUUUAACUAUUGUAAAGCAUCUUUAAGGUGCAUCCAUUUUAUUUGUUUCUGUGUGACAUACUGUCCUCAACAACAUCAACAAAAUAUUCAGCCGAAGAUCGAAAAUGUGGUCGUUCUUCUCGCGCGACUCGACGAAAGAUUUUCCAUAUGAUAUCGGCGAAGAAGUGCCCGGUUUAGAGUCACGCUCCAUUUGGACAUUACACAAAGCAAAGCGUAAGGGCACACAAGAGGAAGUCUCGGUUUUCGUUUAUGAUAUACGAAGCGGAUCAGAUGCAAAAUGUGAAUUAGCAAAAGCAGCCUUGAAACGACUAAAGACUUUAAGACACCCAAGCAUUCUACAGUACCUGGACUCAUUAGAAACAGAAAAAACACUAUAUAUUGCCACAGAAGCAGUUGAAGCUUUGGGUACCCACAUUGAGAAGUUAGCAUCUCAUGGCCCCCAAAAAGAUUUAUAUUUAGCGUGGGGGGUCUUUCAAAUCACACGUGCACUUUCAUUCCUUAACAAUGAUGGUAACCUAAGGCAUAACAAUGUUUGUGUUUGGUCGGUAUUUGUAAAUUCGUCUGGCGAAUGGAAACUUGGUAGUUUGGAAUACGUGUCGCCAGCGGAUGGGAAUCCUAUGCCACCGUUUAAAGUGCCACCCGCUCUAGAGGUUUAUGAUCCACCGGAAAAGAACGAUCAGAGCAAAUUGAAAGCAGCUACAAAAUGCUCUGUAGAUAUGUGGGGCUUGGGAUGUUUGGUUUGGGAGUCUUUCAAUGGACCUUUGAAAAUGCGUUCAAAUCUUAAAGACAUUGAUAAUAUACCAAAAUCGUUGCAAACCCUAUAUUGUGAAUUGGUAGGCGCAUCGCCUUCAAAUCGGCCGAACCCAGCGGAUAUUAUAACAAGAUGUCGCAAACCAGGAGGCUUCUUUAAAAACGAUUUAGUUGAUUCUCUACUUUUUCUUGAGGAGAUACAAAUUAAAGACAAGGCUGAGAAAAAUCGUUUCUUUAGUGGUUUAACUAUACAUUUAGAUAAUUUUCCCGAUAACGUUUGCAAACAUAAAAUCCUUCCGCAGCUUAUUACAGCAUAUGAGUAUGGUGAUGCAGGAUCAGCUGUGCUAGCACCAAUGUUUAAGCUCGGAAAAUUGCUCGAUGAAGCUGAGUACCAAAAACGCAUUGUUCCCUGUGUAGUGAAACUCUUUGCUUCCACAGAUCGUGUGACACGUUCCCGCUUAUUACAACAAUUAGAAUUGUUUAUAGCACAUUUACAACCGCAGGUAGUGAAUGAUCAAAUUUUUCCACAAGUCGCUCAUGGCUUUUUGGAUACAAAUGCUACUAUAAGAGAGCAAACUGUAAAGUCCAUCAUUCAUCUGGCCCCUAAGCUGAACUACAACAAUUUGAAUGUUGAGGUGCUACGACAUUUUGCGCGUUUACAGGCACGCGAUGAUCAGGGUGGCAUACGCACCAAUACAACUGUGUGUUUGGGAAAAAUCGCCCCACACUUACAUCCACAGGUGCGGCAACGCGUUUUGGUUUCAGCUUUUAUACGGGCUAUGCGUGAUCCAUUUCCUCCAGCACGAGUGGCUGGCGUGCUUGCUCUGGCUGCCACACAACAAUACUUCCUGCUAAGUGAAGUGGCAAACAGGGUACUCCCAUCUUUGUGUUCGCUUACUGUUGAUCCAGAAAAGACUGUGCGUGAUCCUGCUUUCAAAACGAUACGUGGUUUUUUGGGUAAAUUGGAAAAAGUAUCAGAGGACCCAAGCCUGCGUGAAACUAUGGAAGCUGAUGUUCAUACCGCUACGCCAUCGAUCGGCAAUGCGGCAGCUACAUGGGCGGGUUGGGCUGUUACAGCCGUCACAGCUAAGUUCUAUCGCAGCCAAAGUGAUUCUUCACGUCCGCGUCCACCCUUAACUGGACGAAAUCUUUCUAAACCUGCAUCUUUGGAGCAACCUUCGAGUAGUAGCUUAUCAACGACGACAUCCAGUGUCACCUCUAUGACAUCACUAGAACAUGAAAGCAACGAUACAUCAGCGUCUGCCUCAGACUAUGGUAAUAACGACUGGGAUAACGAAAAUUGGGGCGAAAUGGACACAUCACAGGACCCUAGUAGUCCAUUGGCUGGCACUUCCAACAAUGGUCAAUUGAAUGCAUCGAAUGCGCUCAACGAAGUGCGCGACGGUUGGGAUAACGAAGAGUGGGGUAGCUUAGAAGAAGAACCGGGAGAAGAAGAAGAGGAAGAACAGGAGGAACAUUCACAGCCAUCACAUUCAAGACAAUCAGCGCACUCCCUGGAUGAGCAAUUGUGCACGCCAAUAGCACGCCCGCAUCAACAACAAUUGCUCCAACAUCAACUGAAUGAACUUAUCGAACCACUGGCUAAACUAAACACUCAUUCAGCGACAUCACCAUCGAGGGGAAAUCAGCAUGCGCUUGACUUGCGACCGAAAGAUAUUUCAAACAUAUCUAUUACGCAAACGACAACAACAACAGUGUUUUCGAAUUGCAACAAUGUCAGUCCACCACAUAUAAAUAACUCAACGAAUUCGAAUGCAAAUUGGAACAGCGAUUCAUGGGCUGAUGGUGAAUUUGAACCUGUUGAUGAACAGCUGACCGGAAAUACCAAGUUGGACGAGGCGCGUAGAAAACGCGAAGAGAAAAAAUUACAGAGGCAACGUGAGUUAGAGGCGCGGCGAGCGCAACGUACAAGUGGCCCGAUGAAAUUGGGUGCCAAAAAGCUUUAAGAUGUACAUUUUUAUUUUAUCACUAAAGGGAAGUGUUUUCAAUGAUAUUCAUACCUGUUUGAGUGGAGUGCAUUUAUGAUUUACAAAGAAGUCAUAUGCAUUUGUGGUGUAUACAUUUGUUUACUAAUUUAUGAAAUGGCGAUAAGAAUCGAUUUAAUUAUAUGUGCGUAGUUGGAUUUGCACAAAACCAAACGUGCAGUUGUUGAAAUGCAAGAGAAAAUUGUAAUUUUAUAGGUACAUAUAUACGAAAUAUUGAAAGAUUUUUUAUAUAUUAAAUAUCAAAAACAGAAAAAGAAAAACAAAAACAAAAAUUGUAAAAAAUAUCGAAAAGUUCAGUAUAAAAUAUUUAUGAUUUAAAAUCUCUAAUAAAUGUAAACCUAACGUAGAAAUACAAUAUUUAGGCAUAUUUGUUAAGGUGCAAUCGUAAUUUGUAAAUGCUUUUUCAAGUCUUAUUAACAAUUGUGCAAAGAAUACCGCACAUACACUUGCAAAAUAAUAUUUAUGUAUUCAUAAAAUAUCACUAUUGUUUAAACUUACGUGCACCAACCUAUAUUGUGAGCUCAUAUUUUUACCUUUUGCAAACUAAUAUCCACAUAAACGAAUAAAACCUAAAAGUAGCUAGAUGCGAAUUUCAAAUUAUACUACAUUAGUACUUAUACCUCAACAAUAGAUUUUAUUGUAUAUAAUGUAUUGUAAUAAUUGAAAUCAUUGCUGUUGAAAAGUACUUUGUCUUCGUGCAGUUCAUUGAAUUUUUUAACUAAAUAUAAUGAGCGUAACAAAUUUCGAUUCAUAAUCCAUAAAUUAGUAUGUGUUAGCGUUUCACUUAUUAUCAUUCCAUUUGGGGUUCGUUUGCUAAUUAUUAUCAUUUUGAUUGAUUCUUGAUUAUGAUUUCCUUAUCAUUUAUUUUUUAUAAGAAUUUCAUUGAACAAUCGAUUGUAUGGAAACUUGUUAGAGACAGCAAUAAUAGGCACGCAAUGAAAGAUACUAAAAGUUUCAAUGAGUAGAAAUUCACACUCUUGGAAUUGUUAUUUGUAUUUUCCUUUUUUUAGUUGGCUUCACUCCAGAAUAUACCUCCCAUAAUACUUGCGUGCGCGUACUUGUGCAUGUACAUGUAAUUUGCUGGAAUCUCGUUUUGUCUAAAUAGAAUGUGAUAAUGAAUGAGCUCGGAUUCCAAUUUCCUAAAUUGUAGCCAAUUGGACUAACAUUAUAUAUGUAUAUUUUUUGUAGUCUACUACAUUACUUAUUUAACCCGGUACAGCCCAGAACUUUUUUCGUUUCAGAUUUUGGUGAAAUUAAGUACACUUACACUGAUGGCCACUAUGAGAUUUAAAGAGCAAGUAAAACCAAAAAAUAUAUGCAACUCAAAUUUUUUUUAUUCUUUUAAUAUAUAAUCAAUAUUAUUGUAUUUUAUCCUAAAAUCACUUGUUUUAUGAAUUGCUUUAUUUACAAAAACAACCAUUUUAUGUUUAAAGCUCAUAUUUCAACAAGUUACAAGUCAUUCACUUCUACUUAUCUUUUACUAAAAAUAUAAGAUUAAUAAAAAUGAGUUGGGCAUACUAACUAACUUUUAUACUCGGUAUCAAGUAAUAUUUUUACUUUUAAAAUAAUCUGUUUCAAUUAAGUACAGUUAUUUGUAUAAAAAGCUUUGAAUCUCCGUGUGUUAUUAAAAAUUAGUAAAAAUCAGGAAAAAACGAGUAUAACGAGUAUAAAAUAAUCCUGAUCAUUCUAAACACCAUAAUAAAAUACGAGAAAUAUUUGAAAAAGCGGCAUAUUUGAAAAAAAUAUUUUUAUGCGGCUUCACACCGCAAUGAUUGGUAUAAUAAAUAGUUUUAAAAGAUACCCAUAUUGUGAAUAUAAGCCAAGAAAUGGGCUUUUCAGAACAGGAAAAGGGGAUGAUAGGAAAAAUAUCCUAAAACUCUAUCGCCAGAUAUAGAUGCAAUCCUCAACGAAGAGACAGAUACAGUUGUUCACUCUCGCACUGUUCGUAGAGUGCUAAAUAGUGCUGGUUACAAUACCCGAUUUUGUCGUAGAAAACGUGUCAUUAGUAGGGUGGACGUAUCAAAGCGACUUUUAGUCGCUAAGGAUUACUUGAACAUGUUGACGGAGUUUUGGAAGAAUGUUAUCUCCUCCAAUGAAACCAAUUUUGUUUUUACAAGUCAUAUCUUAGGAUUUAGCCGAAAAAAGGGUGAAGAAUUGUCAGAAAAAAAUAUUCAUCCAGUAGUAAAUACGGGGGUGCUGCAGUUUUUGUGAGGGGGUGUAUGUCUGCAGGGAGCAGAUGAAACUUGUGUUUAUUGAUGAAAUAUUGGAAAAAACACUUUAUUUGAAUAUUCUAAAAAAAAAUUUGAAGAAAGGCGAUCAAGAACUCGGAAUUGAGACUUACUUUCAGCAAGACAACGACAACCUAACAUUAAAUUAAAAAAUGGACUAAAACAAAUCCUUCUGGAAAAAUGGGUGAAAAUAAGUUAUGAGCUUAUAAAAAAUAUGUUUAUUCAAUUCAGAAACGCAUAAAAGAAGU